GACAGCAUAUAAAACAACCUUUUUACUUUCAAUAAUGUCAAACUUGCGUGCAUUUGCUAUGAAUGGGAAAAAGGAAAUGGAGGAUUUUUGUUUUGUGAAUAUUUGAGGAUUGCUACAAUGGUAAAAUAAAAUAAAUUAAUCACUUAUCCUUUUAUGGGGUUAGAUGGAAUAAGCUUGAUUAACUGUAUUGGACUGUGUACACAUCGAUUAGGAUGAUGACAGGUAGACUCUUCAUCAUGUCUCCUGUUGGACAGGGAGUAUUUCCGUGUACACAGGGUGGUCUUGAGGGGUAAUUUAAAAAUGUUGGAUCCAUAAACUAUAUGAGAAUGCAGUUCAUUGGCUGAGAUCCAUUGCCCUACUGAAUCACCAGUUGCACCCGUCCGUCAUUUCCAGAGCCGAGCAUUAAUGUAACAAAACGCUUUCAUCCCAUUCGGACGGACGGAGAAUUAAAUGUCAUUGGAGUCCCGGCGGUCGGAAGCUCGCUGUUUGGUUGCAAGAUUGAAGGUGUUUUCGGUGUGCAGUGGAGCCGACAUACGACCAGUCAGUGCUGAAAUCAGAAACAACAAAACCGCUCCACUGUUUCGCUCGAGCCGCUCCACUUCCGCGGGGGAGGCGGAGCAAGACUGUUGUCCUUCGUAGUACUUUAUUGCAUUUCGUUCGGCAAUAAACAAGUGCUCUUCAAAAUGAAUCCAGCGAGUUUCAGGGACUGCAAGGCCUGGCAGAAGGAGGGUCUGCCUCUGUCCACGUCCAGCAACGAGGCCUGCAAGCUGUACGACGCCCUGCUCACCCAGUACGUGACCUGGCGCAGCGACGAGACCCUGGGAGGCGUGGAGGGGUGCAUCUCCGCCCUGCGAGCGGCUGACCCGAACUUCGUGAUGGGUCAUGUGAUUGGCACGGGGCUGGAGCUGGUGGGCACCGGGAGCUCCGUGCGGCUGAACGGGCGCCUGGCGGGCGACGUGGCCCGGCUGGCGGAGUUGGCGGCGGGCCGGGACCUCGCCCCCAGGGAGCGGCUCCACGUCCGGGCCGUCGAGCUCUUCGCCAAGGGGUGUCUCCCGGAAGCCUGCGAGCUGUGGGACGAGAUCCUCCUGGAACACCCGACGGACAUGCUGGCCGUCAAGUUCGCCCACGACGGCUACUUCUACCUGGGACGGCAGGCCCAGCUGCGGGACUCGGUAGCCAGGGUCCUGCCCCACUGGACCCCGCAGAUGCCCCUGUACAGUUACCUCAAAGGCAUGUACUCCUUUGGAUUGUUGGAGACGCAUUUUUAUGACCAAGCAGAAAAAACAGCAAAAGAGGGUCUGGAGCUCAACCGGGAGGACGGCUGGGCCGUCCACGCCGUGGCGCACGUCCACGAGAUGAGAGCCGAGGCGGACCGGGGGCUGCACUUCAUGGAGAGCCGGGAGAAGGACUGGAAGGUCUGCGACAUGCUUGCCUCGCAUAACUACUGGCACUGGGCCCUGUACUUCACUGAAAAGGGCCGGUACGAGGAGGCGCUCGGCGUCUACGACGACGAGGUCGUGCGACGCUGUAAGGCUUCGGGGUCCCUGCUGGACACGGUGGACGCCUGCUCCCUGCUCUACAGGCUGGAGAUGGAGGGUGUAAAUGUAAAGGAUCGCUGGAGGGAGCUGCUGCAGGUGACCAAGCCUCACGCAGAGGACCACGUCCUGCUCUUCAACGACCUCCACUUCCUGAUGACGUCACUGGGAGCCAAGGACGAGGGGACCACUCACCGCCUGCUGGAGACUCUGCAGGAGCUGGCAGAAGCCCCCGGAGAGAAUUUCCAGCACAAGCUGGCGGGAGGCCUCGGGGUGCCCAUGUGCCAGGCCAUGGUGGCGUACGACCGGGGCGACUUCGGGGCCGCCGCGGACCUGCUGCGGCCCCUCCGCUACCGCUUCGCCGAGAUAGGGGGCAGCGACGCGCAGAGGGAUCUGUUCCAUCAGUUACUUGUGCAUUCGGCUAUGAAGUCAGAUAAGAAACAGCACCAGAAGCUUGCCAGGUGCCUGCUGGUGGAGCGCGAUGCAGCCAGACCCAACUCCCCGCUCACCCACCGCCUGAUCCAGAGAGCCAGGGCUCUGCAUGCCUGACAGCCAGGCCAGCCCCCGGGGGUGGCCCUCCAUCUUAGGAACGGGUGGCCCUUCCUUCAAAAGGACUCGUCUAAAUCAUUUGUAAAUAUCAGCCGGGAGAGCAGUCCCACCGUCCAUUAUAAAUCUGUAAGGAAUUCAGCCGCAUCAAAUGCAUGUAUUUCAGUGCUGAAUGUGUUGCAACGGCACGCGUUUGCAGCCUAUGAUCACGCGUUUUUAACUUUUUUGAAUUUCAUCUUCUCGAUCGACUGCAAGAAGUUGAAGCCGGUUUUUUGGGGCGCGGCUGCCGCCCGCGUGCGUAAAGCUCCUCCCCUUUCGCCUCGGCCCCGCCUUCAAAGACCAAAGACCUGUGAAGCCAAGGGGGCCGGCGUAAUCGCUUCCUGUGCCGAAGGUCGCGCUGUACGCGCCAUACGCGCCACGCCCGGCUGUCCUGGAUUCGCGCUCGUAGCCGUGACCUCAUCCGUUCGCUUUCGGAGUGCGCCAGUUGAGCGGACUCUGUCCUCCUGAAACGCUCCACGGACCGAGGAGGGGGGGGCAUGGGGGCAUGGGGACUCCACAUGCGGCUUCUCCCCCGACUGACCAGAUGGGGCGCCAGAGAGCAAUGAGCUGUGGACCUGUCCUGCUGACUGUAGCCCCUCCCCCUCUCUGUGAUGUCUGUGAUGCUACAGCCGGUUAUGCGCCUGCCCCCCAAUAGUUACUCUUUCUUUAAAACGUAACGUCAGGCAAGACUAAUCGCACGAGGCGAUUAUAACACUUAAGAAGCGCAAGGUUAUGUUCACAUCAGCAUUUUAUUAAUAAAAAAAACACAUGCCGUUAAAAAACAAACUCAAAGUAAAUCCUUAAUGCCGACACAAAUAUACAGUAAUCAUUCGAUUAUGUAACCGCUCCAAUGAAUAAAUGUUUCCAGUGUGAA